AUGCGCCUUUUGUACUCUGCCACCCACACAUCCUCCAGUAACGUCUCCUCAUCCUGUGUAUCCUCAGUUGACGUUUUCUCUUCUCUCACCAUAUCAGAAAAUUUCCAAAAUCCAUCUGUACUUGGAGCUGCAAAUUCUCUCCAGCUCUCUCUUCCUGUGAUGAGCAAUGCAGUUUCUUUAACAGGAAGUGUCUGCAACUUUUCCAGCACCCGUGCUCCAGCUGUGAAUUCGGCAUGGCUACUGCCAUCAGCUUCUGGCACCUCUUUCCAGCCACUCAUAGGUAGUGCCUACCCUUACCCACAUUCUAGCACAACUAUGUUGUCUGUGGUUACUGGCCAGAGCCAGAUCUCCACUUCAGCUGCCUCCUAUCCAGGUAUCUUUAAGUUGGAUACCACAGGAAGCACUGAACAGAAGUCAUCUUCACUAGAAGACUACACUGUGAUUGUCAUUGACCAAGACACAGCUGUUUCAUCUACGUCUAUGGCAGCCCAGUAUGAUAAAACUUCAGUUGCCAAUACUGUGGUCCCUCUGUAUCCAUCACUGUCUGCCAGCCUAGUUCAGGGUACACCAUCUCAGAUUCCAAAUCAGGGACAUAGCCUGUCACUUCCCUACCAGGAAGGAAGCCAGAUGUCUUACUAUCUUCAAGGCACAUUGGACAAUGGGCAGGAAAAAAACAAAAGAAACAGAGAGAAUCACUCCAGGAAAGGUGAAGAGAGUAAGCAGCCAGGGAACAAAGUCCAGGCAGAGGAGAAGCCAACCAUUCCCAGGAAGAAGAGGAAGGGAAAUCAACCUGACCUUGGCCAAGAGGUCUUUCAAAAGCCUCAAAGAAGCCUAGGCAUGCACAUGCUGGAUUCUGUGCAGGUGUUUCAUGCCCUGGGGUGGAAGAAGGACAAGAAAGCUGGGCACUCUUCCUCUCGGACCCUAGGAAACUCUAGCAACACCAGAGAACCCCAGCCCGCCCGAGCUAGCAAACGACAGCUGGAUACCUCAUGGAAGGGUAAAAAUCCUGAGAAAACUCAAGUCAAAGACCAGAAACGAGAUGGUAGUGCUGAAGAGGAGUCUCCAUCUCCAUCCCAGUAUGAGCUGCCACCUCCUGGGAAGGUCAGGUUGAUACCUUUGCCUUUUCUGACCCUGGAUAGGCCUCGACCUCGACCUGCUUCUCGGAGACCACAGUCUCUGGUCUCACAUAGGCCUGCUAUGUGUUACACGUCCCAGCCUGGUGCUACUAACUCCGUUAAUCCAUCCCAUCCAGCUCCUGCCAAUGCAUCAAUGACAGGUCCUGCCAGGCCAGCUCAGCCCAUUCUAGUCAACAGAACCCAACCAGGUUUGACCAACCCUAGGUCUCCCAGUGUCCCUCAGACGGCUGCUUCUGGGCCCGCACCCAACAAAACAUCAUCCUGCACUUCUCUCCAGCAGGGGUCCGUUUCCACUGCUGUCACCAAGCUCCAGUCACCACCCAAGCCUCAAACCCAAUAUCCACUCCAAGACUUACGCUACCAAUGAAUUCCAUGGAGGAAUCCAACUGUUCCUGAGCCAGUAAUGUCAACGCUCAUUACAAAAGAGCAGAGGCCAGAGCGUGAGGCCAUGAAGAAGCGGGCUCAGCAAGAGUGUGAGAAUGCUGCCAAAAAUACAUCUCUGGGGUAAGUGCAGUAUUUCAUCGAGAAGGAUAAAGAGAUGGAAAUUGCUAGAUACUAUGGCUAUGCAAAAUAA